CUGAGCCACCCAGGCGCCCCAGUACUGGGCUAUCUUUAAAGAUAGGAAGCAGUGAGGAAAAUCUAGUUGUCUUAGCUUAGGCUGCUAUAACAAAAUACCACAAGCAGGUGUCUUAAACAACAGACAUUUAUUUCUCCAGUUCUGGAGGCUGGGAAGUCCAAAGUCAAGGUACUAGUUGAUUUGGUUCCUAGUUAGGGUGCUCUUCCAGGCAUGUAGACAACCACCUUCUCACUGUGUCCUCACCUGGUGGAGUGAGCUCUGGUCUCUCUUCUUCUAAGGACACUAAGGCCCCAUCAUGGGGGCCCCACCUUCAUAACCCCAUCUCACCCUAAUUAUCUCCUACAGGCUCCACCUCCAGACACCAUCACUUGGGGCCAGGAGUUCAAUAUAUGAACUUUGGGGGGACAUGCACAUUUAAUCCAUAACACUAGGAAAAGAAACUUCUCAUUUUCUGGUCUGAUUUCUAGUUGAGCCAUGAUUGACAGAUGGUUCUCAUUGAAAUGAGGAUCAUUCUGGAGAUUUACCCCGUUUCCUCUGCCCCACUGAGACCCACGGAGGAGCUGGGAGCUGUGUGGAGGGAAUGAGAUGUGACCUACAGCUUCCUAACUCUCAGCCUGGAACCAGAGCUUUGGGCUUACUUAAGCCAGGAGUGUGAGGCUGGUCACCCCACUGUGGGAUUGUCUGAGGAAGGGGCUGGAAUUGGAUGAACCAGGCACAGUCCAAUUCGGUAGGCAAAUCAAGUGCUUCGUGGCCUGGUCCCUUUGUUCUCUGUGCAUCGGAACGGGAGACUACGUGCUUUUAAUCUCAUGCCUGUCUUCCUCCUAAUAAUUAGUUCCAUCAGAUUGCUUCCUCUGAGAAAAGAGCACAGGUGGAUUCUAAAUCCUUAGCAUUCUCUUCUUGGUAAGCUUUAAUUUGUUAUGCUUAUGGAAUUGAGUGCUAAAUCUCAGUGAUUCAAUUAAGACAUCUGUCUCCUGUGAACACAAAUAAGGAUGAUUCUUCCAAUUCUCUGUUUCCUAAGGGAAGAGAAUGAAAGACAUUCAAGCGUUCCAGUGAACUUAAACUUUUAGCAUGAAGGGCAUGGAGAGAGAAAUCUUUGAGGAAAAAGUGAGAAAACUGAGGGGGCUCUGGGGCCUCUUGCCCCAGCCUUGAGUCCUUGGGUACCUGUCAGUCAGGAGGGCUAACAAAGGGUGCAGGUCAGCCAAGGAUCGCUGUCAGACUGACUUAGCCCACGACCUCUCCUGGGCUGAGAUGUGAGUCAGGCCUGCCACUCCAGGUGAGUACGAUUCAGCCCUUGGCUUCACCCGCAGGAGAAGUGUCGGGACCUAGAGGAGUGCUAAGCUCAGGGUUUGCUUAAAAAUAUGUCAAGAAUUGUUUUUCUUCAGAUCAUGUUAUGGUGUUAUUUCUAAUGGUGGUCCUUCUUUCCAUUUCCCUCCUCUUUCUUUUUUCCCCAUUUUCAUGCUGUCUCUUGAAAAUAAUGCUCAAGGUUCUCUCUCCCCCUCGGCCUCCUCUCCCUAAAGACCGCUUUGCAUGGCAGCAUCCCACCGUCCACAGUACCUCCAAGGACUCCCUCUACCUGAGCUCACCAAAGCCUUACGCGCCCCCCAGCACCCCCAGCCAGCAGAGGCCCUCACGACCCCAGCUCGUCCCCAAAGGUGUGCCGCGCCCGGGGCCCUCGCUUCCAGGUUCCAUGUUUCCCGGUGCUUCCUCCCAGCCCCAGCAGCACCAUGCGGCCACCAGGACGGUUUACAGUGAGAAUGUGAGCUCUAACCCACGUCAUGAGGCAGAUGGGAAUAAAAAGGUCAGCAGCUUAUACGUCCCUUGUUUAUCCAAUAACAUCUGCCGGGGGGCAGUGGAAGACGCCUCUCGCGUUGCGCAUGACCCAGCCACGGGCACUCCCUUGGAAGCUGCAGGCGCUCGCGCACCCAGCAUUGUGUCCCUCACAGCCGGCACAGGGACACCACCCUCUGCUCCUCCUGACCCUCCCCAGCUCUUCUUUGACAUCCGUAAAGCUGCCGCUAACCGGGGUGCGAGCCCUUCCCUGUGCGCUCGGCCUCUGUUCCCAGACGCGGCGAGACCACCUGUGUUAGGCCCCCAGCUUUCCUCUGCUCCCGAAAACCGGAAGAGAAAAGAACCUUACCUUUUGCAGCCGUGUUAUCCAGCCAAGGAUGCCACUUUCUCCAGUUCAGCCCAGCCUGAGAUAAUAGUUGUCCCUCUCUACCUGGUUAAUACCAACAGAGGGCAAGAAGGCACAGCCAGACCUCCAGCAUCUCUGGGGCCUCUUGGCCCCCCAGGCCCGGCGACCGCCCCUGCCGGCUCACCUCUGACCUUCCCGACUCUAGAUGAUUUCAUUCCCCCUCGUCUGCAGAGGCGGUCCCACCACAGCCAGCCAGCCAGCGCUCCUGGCCCCCACCCCCCCGUUAGCCAGACACCACCAUCCUUCUCACCACCUCCUCCGCUGGUCCCUCCGGUCCCAGAGGGCCUCCACAGAGCCUCGGAGCCUGACCUCACGGGAGCUGUUUCAAGUACCGAUUCAGGUCCUCUACUAAAUGAAGUUUCUUCAUCCCACCUUGGAACCGAUCCCCAAAUCUCUGCACCAGUUAGCAAGCCAUCAUCUGCCUACCCCUCUACGACAAUUGUCAAUCCUACUAUUGUCCUCUUGCAACACAAUCGAGAACAGCAAAAACGACUCAGUAGCCUUUCAGGUAGGUGCCAAAUAUUUCUUAACACGCUAACACCUUUGAUGUGUGAGCAGCACAGUCUGAUGAUUUCCUCUGAUGUGCUGGGGACUCUGUUCCUGGGCCGUAAGGAUG